UCAGCCUCAUGCCUAGUGCUGUCCUGUGGUCUUUCCAGCUCAGCAUGGCUAGGGCAGUGGUGGCAUCAGUAACCCUGGUGGUGCUGGGCCUGUGCUGGUCCCUGGCUGUUGCCAACCCUCUUCCUUCUGCCCAUGGGAAUGUUGCUGAAGCUGAAAGUGGGAGCAAGCCAGACUCAGAUGUAAUCGAGCGCUGCUCAGAUGGCUGGAGCUUUGAUGCUGCCACCCUGGAUCACAAUGGGACCAUGCUGUUCUUUAAAGGGGAGUUCGUGUGGAGGGGUCAUGCAGGGAUCCGGGAAUUAAUCUCAGAGAGGUGGAAGAAUUCCACCAGCUCAGUGGAUGCUGCAUUCCGCCGUGGUCCUGACAGUGUCUUCCUGAUCAAGGGAGACAAAGUCUGGGUAUACCCUCCUGAAAAGAAGGAAAAUGGAUAUCCAAAAUUGCUCCAAGAAGAAUUUCCUGGAAUCCCAUACCCGCUGGAUGCAGCUGUGGAAUGCCACCAUGGAGAAUGCCAGAGUGAAGGCAUAAUCUUCUUCCAAGGCAACCGCAAGUGGUUCUGGGACUUUGCUACAAAAACCAAAAAGGAACGUUCCUGGCCAGCUGUUGGGAAUUGCACCUCAGCCUUGAGGUGGCUUGAACGUUACUACUGCUUCCAGGGUAACCAGUUCCUGCGCUUCAACCCAGUCACAGGAGAAGUGCCUCCCAGAUACCCUCUGGAUGCCCGUGACUACUUCAUGUCCUGCCCUGGCAGAGGCCACGGUAGACACAGAAAUGUAACUGCUCAUGGGAAUAGCACCCAUCCUAUGCACUCGCGCUGCAGCCCGGAUCCCGGCUUGACUGCAUUAAUGUCUGACCACCGUGGUGCCACCUACGCCUUCACUGGCUCCCACUACUGGCGUCUGGACACCAGCCGUGAUGGGUGGCAUAGCUGGCCCAUUGCUCAUCAUUGGCCCCAGGGUCCUUCAACAGUAGAUGCUGCCUUUUCCUGGGAUGAUAAAGUCUAUCUGAUCCAGGGCACUCAAGUAUAUGUCUUCCUGACAAAGGGAGGCAAUACCUUAGUAAGUGGUUAUCCAAAGCGGCUGGAGAAGGAAAUCGGGAGCCCUCCCGGGAUCAGCCUGGAUACUGUGGAUUCGACCUUUACCUGUCCUGGUUCUUCCAGGCUCUAUGUCACAGCAGGACGGCGGCUAUGGUGGCUGGACCUGAAGUCAGGAGCUCAGGCGACAUGGACAGAGCUUUCUUGGCCCCAUGAGAAAAUUGAUGGGGCCCUGUGUUUGGAAAAGUCUCUUGGCCCCAACUCAUGUUCGUCCAACGGUCCCAGCUUGUACCUUAUCCAUGGGCCCAAUUUGUACUGCUACAGCAGUAUAGACAAACUGAAUGCCGCCAAGAUGGUUCCUCAGCCCCGGCAAGUAAACAGCCUCCUUGGCUGCCAUCAGUGAGAAACCCUGAUGCGUAUUAGCCCAGCCCAGCCCAGCCACCUCUCCAUCUUCGUCCUAAUAAAACCAGAUGGCUUCUUCACAUGAAUGAUGUGAAAUCA